AUGUUGCACCAAGACAAUGCAAGCAGAGAAACACCUCCAUUAUGUGUUGCCUAUUCAGACCUAUUGAUCGGGCUUCCUGAAGGAACUCCACAGAUCCAAUAUACCAAUAUGAAGAAGUUAGACUGUGUUAUAGAUACCCAGGCGAGGAAGUGUUGUAUAGAUAGUUCUAAGAGCCCUUUUCUAAUAGUAACAUCCAUACCCUCUACCUUUCUAGAAGAAAUGGACCACUUCUAUCACGAUAAAUGCCCACGGUUUACUCUAAAUAUCCAAGAGAGAAUUGUUAUCAUUGAGGUCAUGGUUACUGAACCACACGAACUUGUGAGCCAGGCACUCUCGAAGUGUAUCUCGGACAGUAUCGAUCGCAUGGGCCUGAAGAAAGUACUCCGCGAUACUGGUAGGGCCCAAGUUACUAGCACAACUUCUGCUAAAGAACCUGAUGGCAGUUUCAAGCUAGUACGCGAGAAAUGGCCUACUAUCGCCAUUGAAACAGGAUUAUCGGAGCAUAUAAGUAAGCUGGCUAUCGAUGCCCACUGGUGGCUCGAGGCGGAGGAAUCUCGUACUCUGGUCGUCAUCACGGCCAAAAUCGACCAGCGGAGACCGCAGAUAAUAUUCCAGCGCUGGGAGCAUUAUUAUCCACCACUUCGUCCUAUAACCCGACACUACUAUCCAACGAGCACAGUAAUACAAGAGGUUCAUGCAGUGCAUGAGGGAGGGAUAACAAGAGCUACCGGCGACCUUGUCAUACCAUUCGAGAAGAUGUUUCGUCGUCCAAGGGAUGGCGGGGAAGAGAAUGAUACUGUUAUUGGUCGGGAUGUGCUGGCAGAUAUCGCUGAGAGUGCGUGGGAGUCCCAGGGCUUUAUGUGA